UUUCCUAUAACCUGAAACCCUUUGAUGUUGAUCAUUUGUCUCUCUGGAAGUUUAGACGGUGACACUGACACCUACCAAUGAAGAAAAGCAAAAGAGACUCGAAAUGGUAGUUUUUUCUUCCGCCCCCCCCCUUCUGUAUAGAAUCUAGAUUCAAUUAAUCUUUUAUAAGGUUUCAACCCAGUUCAUUCUUUGUUUGUUCUUCAAUCAAAGAAAAGACCCUUUUUUUUCUUCCGGAAAGGAAUUAUACCCAUUUGUGGAAUAGCCGAUCAAAUUUGAUUGCUUUUUAUCUCCUUUCGUAUGGAAUCAGAUAGCAUUGAUUGUAUGACAUCUUCAGAUGUAAUUGAUGAUGAUAAGAUCCAUCAUCAUAACCAGUUGCCUUCAUUGUCGAAGCCCCGUAGCAACAAUGGGAACAGCAGCAACAACAGUGCUGUGUCAUCAGCGGUUCAUCCAAGUACCACCAGUGUUCAUGAACUCCUUGAAUGUCCUGUCUGUACCAAUUCUAUGUACCCUCCUAUCCAUCAGUGCCACAAUGGGCAUACCCUCUGUUCAGCAUGUAAAACAAGAAUACACAAUCGAUGUCCUACUUGUAGACAGGAGCUUGGUGAUAUUAGGUGUCUAGCACUAGAGAAGGUAGCUGAAUCACUUGAACUGCCUUGCAAAUAUACAUUGCUUGGGUGCCCGGAGAUCUUUCCGUACUACAGUAAACUCAAACACGAAGCCCUAUGUAACUUCAGGCCAUUCAAUUGCCCAUAUGCUGGAUCAGAAUGUUCCGUUGUUGGCGAUAUUCCAUUUUUUCUUGCUCAUCUAACCAUCGUUAUGUCAAGUCCAAUCCUCGGGAAGUAGGAA